CCAUGGCCGCSCCCUGGCAGGACGUGGUGCGGGACGCGGCGGCCGUGCGGGAGGCGGCGGCGGUGGCGGUGGACGCGGCGCUGCUGGCGGGGGUGCUGAUGCGGACCGGGGAGCAGCCGAACGCCUCGGAUGUGGUGAAUUACGCUCCCUUCACACUGCUCCCGUCCGCAGUGCCACGGCCCUUGUUUGAACAAGCCUACGCUGUCCAGCAGGAUUUUAACCUGCUGGUGGAUGCCAUCAGUCAAAACAAAGAAUUUCUAGCGCAAACUCUGGCCAGCACCAUCAAGGUAGAUGACUUCACAGCUCGACUCUUCCGAAUCUACAUGCAAGUUUUGGAGGAAGGCUUGGCACAGACUGUGUUUUUGGGCAUCAACCGUUCGGAUUACAUGUUUGACUGCGGGCUGGAUGGCACAGGAGCUCUGAGGCAGAUAGAAAUAAACACCAUUGCUGCCAGCUUCGGGGGGCUCACCUCCCGCACCGCUGACGUCCACAGGCUGGUGUUGAAAGUGCUGGGGAAGAAUGAGGAGGCGUCACACCUGCUGCCCAACAACCCAGCAAAGGGGCUGGCCUUGGGAAUUGCCAAAGCCUGGGAGCUCUACGGUUCCCAAAGGGCUGUGGUGAUGUUUCUGGUGGAGGACAUCCAGAGGAACAUCUUUGAUCAGCGAUGUGUUGAAAAUGARCUUUGGAACAGGAAUAUCCGUGUGAUCAGGAGGAGGUUCCGGGAUGUGUUUGAGCAGGGCUCUCUGGAUGGCUCCAGGAGGCUGUAUAUGGACGGCCAGGAGGUCGCAGUGGUGUAUUACAGAGAGGGCUACGUGCCCCAGACCUACGACCAGCAGAACUGGGAGGCGCGGCUGCUGCUGGAGAGGUCCCGGGCAGUGAAGUGCCCUGACAUUGCCACGCAGCUGGCGGGCACCAAGAAGGUGCAGCAGGAGCUCAGCCGGCCAGGGACACUGGAGAAACUGCUGCCCGGCCAGCCUGAGGCCGUGGCUCGGAUCAGAGCCACCUUUGCUGGACUCUACUCCCUGGAYGAGGGUGAAGAGGGUGACAGGAUAACUGCCACAGCCAUCGCUGACCCYGACCGCUUCGUGCUGAAGCCUCAGCGUGAAGGUGGAGGGAACAACCUCUACGGUGAAGAGCUCAGGCAGGUUCUGGAGAAGAUCAAAGAYAGCCCUGAGAGAACCUCCUACAUCUUGAUGGAUAAAAUCAAACCCCAGCCAGCACUGAACUACUUGCUGAGGGCUCACAGUCCCCUCCGAGUGUCCGAGUGCAUCUCUGAGCUCGGCAUCUUUGGUGUCUAUGUCAGGCAGGGCCAGGAGCUGGUGCUGAACCAGGCUGCCGGUCACCUCCUGCGCACCAAGGCCAUCGAGCACGCGGACGGCGGCGUGGCAGCCGGGGUGGCCGUGCUGGACACACCAUACCUGGUGUGACCAGCCGUGUCCCCACCCUCCUCUCUGCUGCCUGAAGAGCUGAUGUGCCACAGGGAUUUCUCCUUAGGGUGCGCUUGCCCCGGUCUGAUGUGAUGGAGGCUGUGAGGAGGGGCUGUGUGGAUACAACUGCUCMAAGGUCCUGGGUGCCAGCCCCAGCUUCUUCUUGUGAUUCCCCCUCCAGGAAGAAGGGAUUCCCUUGCUCUGCCUGCUCAGGGGGCCCUGCCCUGUGCAUGGCCCAGCUGGGACUCCCAGGACUGCCGGGGUCUGGGUGUUCCCUUGGAGCCUGGCUGGGGACAGGGGUACAUACAGCCMAGGGUGAAUGUGCCACAUCAGGCCUUCGUGCUGCUCCCACUUCUGAGCUCCUUGAUGCUGCAUUGUUUCUGGAGAYGUACAAAGCCUAAGGAAUGGGAAGAGAAAGGUGGAUGGGCAAGUACCAGCCUUCAUCUUCAUCAGUGCCUCAGUGCUCUYCAGGGUAGAGGAGAGCCCAGCUCCACGCACCAUGGCCCCUCCAGCCCUCCUUCCCRUGCUGCUGCUGUCCUGAUUCCCGUUUUCCCCUGUGCCUGAGGAUCCUCAGGGUUCCUGCCCAAGGCACAGCUGUCCUUGGGUAAUCUGCCCGAGGCUCUUUUGCCUGCUUUUGCUGUGCCCAAUUCCUGUUUUGUUGAGCUGAGUGCUCUUCUCAAACAGUGCCUCUGUGCCACACAGGGCAGGCAGCAGUGGAGGGUUCAGGGCUGUGCCUUCUGCUGCUGCUUCCCACAGCCCCAUCCAACAAAUCCAAAGGCUGGUAUAAGAAUYCCUCAGUGAUGGAGGCAGCUCCCAAGGUGGUGGUGAAUUGGAGCCUUGUGUGUGUUGAUAAAUUCCAAAUCCCCUUGGGUUUGUACCAGUGCAUCCCACAGCAAGUCAAACACUGAGCAUCUCCCUGACCUUGGAAAUUGUGUGAGAUGGGAGCUCUGGUGAGGAAGGAAAGGAAUUGCAGGAGGGGCUGGGCAGGCACAGCCUCAGCUCCAAACACCUUCCUCGGGGACCAGCACCAGCAGAUGGGGAGGUGUGUCGCCUUCCAGGCUUCAUGGAUCAGUGGGAACAGCACAGCAGUGGAGGGACGUGGAGUGUGGGCCCUCCUGYUCAAGGUCUUCUGCCUCUUCCUCCAGCCCCUUUUCCUCCUCAGCCCUAAAAGCUGCACCUUUCUGGCAGUGAAUAGCCCGGACAGCCUCAGUCCACCCGUCACUUACACAGAACCAGCACAAAGGCAGAAUUCCUGAAGAAUGGAGGUGCUGAGUGAUCACCCUGACGGCUCUUUGCUGCUAUGGCAUCAAUCACCAAUUGGUCACCUGGGAAACUGCUCCRUUCUGCAAGUGUGACUGAAACUGGGAUUCCUGGGUGUUUUGUCGGGGGCUUGAUUACCCCAAACCAGAGAUUAAAAGGAAUGUGCAAUCUGACCGUGCUGUUUGUGGCAGGUUUGUCAGAGCCCAGGGGCACACCUGGCCAGGUGUUCAGGUGGCUGUGCCUAGGAGGACACCAGGCCUGGGGUGGAGGUGAGGAGCCCUGAGCUGUGCUGCCAGCCCCGAGUCUCCUCAGCUGCUCACCCAUCACCCUGGCACUGGUGCUGCAUGAGGGGGUUGGUGACACGUGGGUGUCACACUGUCUUGUGCUUUCCAUGAGCGUAGAGCAGCACUGGCUGGAGACCAGAGAGAAAUUGAGGCACAGGCUGCAGCCCUGRAACCAGCACUUCACCCUUGCCCCAGCACAGUAAAUCCCAAUCCAUGGAAAAACAUGCUGCUGUCAGGAACCUGCCCCUCCCCAUCCCAAAAGCCAAUCCUGGUUUAUGGCACAGCCACUCCAACUGCACUGAGCACCCUGGACUCAACAGCACACAAGCACCUAUCACCCACACACACUCCAAGCCUGCUUCUGUUCUGUUUUAAUUUUAUUCCAUUUUGCAUUAAAUUCUCGCUGUUUUCCAGCCAAAAUUACAUAGCUGACAAAGAGUAAGAGGAGGAACGAUGAUGUAGGAAUCCUUGUCACCAAGGUGGCACAAUCGAGUGGUACAGAGCUGUGGGGACACAUGGGACACAGGCAGGCACCAAGGUUACAGGUGACACAGGUGCUGUGCCAGUGAGAGCAGCAG